CCAGCGGUGGUGGAGCUGAGCAGAGCCACCAUGGCCCUGGGGCCCGCUGUCCACCUCAUUCUGUUCCUGAGCCUCCAGGCCCUGACUGUCCAGGCUGCUGACACCUGUCCAGAGGUGAAGAUGGUGGGUCUGGAGGGCUCCGACAAGCUCAGCAUUCUCAGAGGCUGCCCGGGGGUGCCUGGAGCCCCAGGGCCCAAGGGAGAAGCAGGCGCCAAAGGAGGGAGAGGAGAUCAAGGUCCACCUGGCAUCCCUGGAAAGGCAGGGCCCAAAGGAGAGAGGGGCCCACACGGAGAGAAAGGGGAGCCUGGGCAUUCAGAGUACUGCAGGACAGCACCACAGACCUGCAAGGAGCUGCUCACCCAGGGGAACGCUCUGAGCGGCUGGUACACCAUCUUCCUCCCUGACUGCCGGCAGCUGACAGUACUGUGUGAUAUGGACACGGACGGCGGGGGCUGGACCGUUUUCCAGCGGAGGAUGGACGGCUCUGUGGACUUCUUUCAGGACUGGGCUGCAUACAAGCGGGGCUUUGGCAGUCAGCUGGGAGAGUUCUGGCUGGGGAACGACAACAUUCACACCCUGACUGCCCAGGGCACUAGUGAGCUCCGUGUGGACCUGGUGGACUUUGAGGGCAACCACCAAUUUGCCAAGUACACAUCAUUCAAGAUGGCAGGAGAGGAAGAGAAAUACAAGCUGGUCCUCGGGGCCUUUGCGGGGGGCACUGCAGGUGAUUCCCUGACAGAUCACAACAACCAGUCCUUCUCCACCAAAGACCAGGACAAUGACAAGGGUUCUGCAAGCUGUGCUACGCGGUUCGAGGGAGCCUGGUGGUACAACGACUGUCACUCAUCCAACCUGAAUGGUCACUACCUCGGGGGGGCCCACGAGAGCUAUGCAAAUGGCGUUAACUGGAAAUCAGGGAAGGGGUACAAGUACAGCUACAAGACGUCCGAGAUGAAGCUACGGCCCGCCUAGCUCAGGGCCAGGCAGCCUCACCUGUCCCAUAGCGGCCUCAUCCACCCACAGUGGGGAAGUUACAGCCAUAGGCAUGGCAACAUCAGAAUUUUAGUUCUGUGUCCCCUCUCAUUCCGUUUCUGCCCCCAUGCCUCACAGCUUUGUCAACCUCGCUUUGCAAAGCCAGCACUACUCAUCCUCAGGUCCCAGAGAGCAUGCGUCCCCAAACGUUACCAGAAUGAAGAAUACUGUUUUUAAAAGGUGUUUAUUUUUUGACAGACAACAUGUUUUUUCCAGCUUUGAUUUGCAUUUC